AUGAAGAUGGAAGAUUCUUGGCGCGCCGUUCCCGAGAUUCCCAACCCCUCCCAGCCGGAUGGCGACAGCGAUGGAGGGUACUCUACUGUCCUCCUGGUGUUCAUACCAGUACUAGUCGUGGUACUCACUGUACUGCUGGGCCUCGUAGUCUUCAUGGUGGCCGUCUUGUUUAUGCGUCGUAGGAAAGGCAUCAGAUUGUUAGAAGAUGGCGGACCAUUAGAUCUUUCCAAAGGCGAUGGAGUGUUUGGGGAAGGCGGAACAGAGGGCGUUGAAGCAAGGUGGCUAGAGACUGUCGACCCCGAUAUUCGAGAGGCAUACAACCGCGCCAAAGACUGGCAAGCACAAUUCCCGCCCACGUCUAUACCCACCGACAUCACACUAUCACAAUUUCUCUCUAUCCAGGAAAAGGGCGUCUCUGCUUGGGCGUUUGAACCGAAUUACGAGGAGAACCUCUCCCUCUAUGUUCAAUCCCGUACCGAGAUCACCUUUCUUUCCGAUGGUCCCGGCAUGCCCGCUCGCGAGGGGGGAGGCAACUCUGUCAUGGCGAACCUUCCCCUCCCCAAGCUCAACGAGGUCUAUUACUGGGAAGUAAAGGUGUACGAAAAGAACCCCAAUACGGAGAUCGCCAUUGGGCUCGCUACCAAGCCCUUCCCCUCCUUCCGGCUGCCUGGCUGGAACAAGCACUCGGUCGCGUACUUUGCGUCAGAUGGAUUCAAAUCGCACGACUUUCCCUUCACUGCUUCCUCCUACGGCCCUCCACUAGCCGAAGGCGAUGUGCUUGGUGUAGGAUAUCGUCCUCGGACUGGUACGGUCUUCUUCACCCGUAACGGUCGAAAGAUGGACGAUGCCUACACUGGUCUUCAACGAUUGAACCUCUUCCCUACUGUCGGUGCCAACGGCCCUUGUACGCUUCACAUUAAUCUGGGACAAGCUGGAUUUGUCUUUAUUGAAGCAAAUGUCAAGAAGUGGGGUUUGGCGCCCACGGUGGGAACCCUUGCGCCUCCUCCAGCUUAUGGCAGUGAGCGAGGGUCGAUCUUGCUUGAAUCUGGAUACGGCACCCCUGGAGCUGAUUCCUCUGGAAGCCAUGCGGGGAUGGGGGCAUUGCUGGAAGCUGCCAGAAACCGGGGUAUCCCGAGUUAUGCGUCCGGCUCGCCUGGACCAUCCUCCUCGUCGGCCAUGUAUGCCUCUGGUGGGAGUGGGAGGACGAGGAGACAUCGCCACCGCCGCCCUGGGCCUGAGAACCAUGUCCCUAGUCCCCUACGGCCAGCUGACGAGAGUGCCGAAGACGUGCACUUGUCUCAGAGCUCGGGGUCUUCUGUUUCAUCUCACGGGCUGAGCUACGAGUCGCCCACCGAUGCUCCCGUUCCUCAAACUCGUGUUCCACCUCUAGCUGUCGAGUCCUCUUCCUCUGCGUCGCCUCAAUCCGGAUUGUCGGACGGUGGAAUGAACACGCCGAGGCGCGAUCUCGGGUGCGAACAAUCUCCUAUCGAACACAACCCUCCCACUCCCAACCUCCUCGACAUUUCCAUGCACAGCCUCCGUGGCGGGCACUAUUUCCCUCCCGAAUUCACCUCUGAAGACACCGACUCUGAUACCACUCCUCAACCACGCUCUCCUGUCACACCCGCUGAAAGCGAAAGACGCGAGGGCCCGCCAAUGGUGACGAGGCUUCCUGGGCCAGACUCGCCACCUCCACCUGGAUAUGCGCCUCUGGACCCGCACGUCUAUGCAAACGGGCUGCCGGCGGAUCUGCCCGAGGAGAUGGUGACACAGGCUAUUGCUGCUAUGAGCGAGGCGUAA